AUGAAGCCAUGCGCCGCAAACUCGCCGCCGUUGACGCCGUUAGGAUUUCUGGAGAGAGCCGCCACCGUGUACGGUGACUGUACGUCCAUCGUUUACGGAAGUAACACCGUUUACACAUGGAAGGAAACAAACCUCCGUUGCCUCCGCGUAGCGUCGUCUCUGUCUUCAAUCGGAAUCGGCAGGUUCGACGUCGUCUCCGUCCUCUCUCCAAAUACUCCGGCGAUGUAUGAGCUCCAGUUCGCCGUUCCCAUGUCCGGCGCAAUCCUCAACAACAUCAACACGCGUCUCGACGCGCGCACCGUCUCUGUUCUUCUCCGCCACUGCGGAUCUAAGCUUCUCUUCGUCGACGUCUUCUCUUGCGAACUCGCCGUCGAAGCGAUCUCGAUGUUGACUGAUCCGCCGAUUCUAGUCUUCAUCGCCGACAAAGUAGAGGAAGGAGGAGUUGCUGAAGUGGCCGAUCGCACAGAGAAAUUCAGUUACUCUUACGAUGAUCUUAUCGAGAGAGGCGAUCCGACUUUUAAAUGGAUCCGACCCGAAAGCGAAUGGGACCCGAUUGUGCUCAAUUAUACUUCCGGUACAACUUCAGCUCCUAAAGGAGUGGUACACUGCCACAGAGGGAUUUUUGUAAUGUCGCUUGAUUCUCUGAUCGAUUGGACCGUACCGAAAAAUCCGGUUUACUUAUGGACCCUACCGAUAUUCCACGCCAACGGUUGGAGUUAUCCAUGGGGAAUCGCCGCCGUCGGAGGAACAAACGUCUGCUUGCGUAAGUUCGACGCGCCGCUCAUCUACCGUUUGAUCCGUGAUCAUGGCGUCACACACAUCGUGGAGGUUGAAGCGGUUCUGUACACGAAUCCAGCGGUGAGUGAAGUGGCGGUGGUGGCGAGACCAGACGAGUUCUGGGGAGAGACGCCGUGCGCGUUUGUGAGUCUGAAACCAGGGUUGAGUCGGAAACCGACGGAGGAGGAGAUGAUAGAGUACUGCAGGAAGAAGAUGCCAAGGUAUAUGGUGCCUAAAACGGUGUCGUUUAGGGAUGAGUUGCCUAAGACUUCGACGGGGAAGGUUAUGAAGUUCGUGCUUAGGGAGGUUGCGAAGAAGAUGGGUUCGACGAGGUUGAGUCGAAUCUACGUAGGUGAUGGGGAAGUCAUACAUUUCACCUGUGGAGGUGGUCGAGAAGCCGGAACUGGAACAUUCUUGGACGAUAUUAUCGUUAGUUCAGUUCCGCGUCACGGGGGUGAGAAUCCAUGUCCUAUUUGCGGAGACCAAUCGAAACUGGAGGGUGUAAUCUCUUCUUGCCUUGACUGCUUUCUUGCCGGAGGAAACCUCUAUCUCUUCGAGUACGGUGUCUCUAAGGCUGUCUUUAUGGCCAUACCACGAGGAGGUAGCUGCACAACAGCGACUUCAGAUCCUUGUGACGAAGCCAUUUUCCGUGCGAGGUACCUCUUGUCGCGCAAAGGGUUUGGUGACUAUAAUCUCUUGAAUAACAACUGUGAGGAUUUCGCCAUCUAUUGCAAAACUGGUUUGAUUGUCUUGUCGAAGCUGGGAAGCAGUGGUCAAGCCAAUUCUGUGAAGGCCGCACGUAGCGUUUUCUCUUGGUCGAUCACAGGGGUGGUCAAGAGUGUCUCGGUUGGUUCUGCUGCAAAAUAUGUUCUCUCUGGAUUUGGCGGUGUUGGUGCUAUGGCCCUGGUGGGUUAUUGUGACUACUGUGUUGGUCGUUUGAAUUUCGACAUUGGUGUGAGAAGCGAUGCUACCAAAAUUCCUGUGGAAGAGCUCGUUGCGGUUUUAGCAAUUAUGGAAGGCAGCCAGGACAACAAGAACAACAACAAGUGUAGUUAG